AUGUCGUCUAUGAUCACCACGGCGGCGUGGGUGCGACAAGGUGUCGCAGCCCAGUUCCCUACGAAAUAUGAAAUCAACGAGGAGGAAAUGGAUCGCAUAUCGAAGCUGGCGAAGAUGCAGCUCGAAGAAGCGCAGGGUGACCUGAAGGCUGCGCAAGAGGACGAGGCCAUGGAGGAGGAUCAGAAGGAUGGCGGCGACGAUGCUAUGGAGGACGAUGAGAAGCCCGCGGCUGAUGCGGAGAAGAAAACUGCUACCGAUGAUGACGACCUGAAAGAGUACGAUCUCGACCACUACGACAGCGACGAGGUCGAUGAGGAUGGCGAGAAGUUCACCAUGUUCGGCAAUGUCAAGUCGCUGGCUUAUCACCAACCGAACGAGGAGGACCCGUACCUGGUUAUGCCGCCGGAGGAGGAGGAUGAGGAAAGAGAGGAGUUGCAGAUCAUGCCGAAGGAUAACCUGAUUCUGGCUGGUAAGGUGGAGGAUGAGGUCGCCCAUCUCGAGGUCUACGUCUACGAGGACGCCGCCGACAAUCUCUACGUACACCACGACAUCAUGCUGCCUGCCAUUCCUCUGGCCGUGGAGUGGCUGGAUAUCCCCGUUGGCAAGGCCGCUGAGGGCCGAACCACGGGAAACUUCGUCGCAGUUGGAACGAUGGAGCCGGACAUCGAGAUCUGGGAUCUCGACAUUGUCGACUGCAUGUAUCCCAACGCCAUCCUCGGCCAGGGUGGUGCCGAUGCGGAGGGCAAGAAGUCGAAGAAGAAGAAACCCAAGGCAAACGACGAGUACCACAUUGACGCCGUGCUGGCAUUGGCUGCCAACCGGCAGCACCGCAACCUGCUGGCCUCCGGCUCGGCGGACCGGACAGUCAAGUUGUGGGACCUGCAGACCACCAAGUGCGCCAAGUCCUACUCUCACCACACCGACAAGGUCUGCUCGUUGAACUGGCACCCCACCGAAUCUACGAUCUUGUUGACUGGUAGUUACGAUCGGACCGUGGUGGCCGCGGACAUGCGCGCGCCCGACUCCAAGGCUCGCUGGGGCGUGGAUACGGAUGUCGAGAACGUGCGUUGGGACCCUCAUGACCCCAACUACUUCUACGUGACGACCGAUGGCGGUAUGGUGUACCGCUACGACGUGCGCAACAUCCCCGCGACCCCCAAGGAGUCGAAGCCCGUGUGGUCGCUGCAGGCGCACGACUCCUCCGUGUCGGCCUUCGAUAUCAACCCAGCUAUCCCCGGCUUCCUGGUCACGGGAUCGACGGACAAGCAGGUGAAGCUCUGGAAUGUUGAGAACAACAAGCCCAGCAUGGUCGUCUCGCGCAAGUUGGAGGUGGGCAAGGUCUUCUCGACGAGCUUUGCACCGGAUGCCGACGUGAGCUUCCGCCUGGCCGUGGCCGGCAGCAAGGGCGUGGUCCAGAUUUGGGAUACCUCCACCAACGGGGCGGUGCGUCGCGCAUUCGUGUCGCGCAUGCCGUCUCUGGAAGGUGAGGUCAAGGAGCGCAUGGUGGGCAUGCAGCCCGAUCAGGAUGAGUCGGACGAUGAUGCUGGACAGGAGGUUGGCGGUGGGCAGGGCGGCGAUGGCUGGGAGUCGAUGGAUGAGGAUUAA